AUGACAAUAUUCAGCUCUACACUUGGGACGGUAGACCUGCCUGUGACCUUGGUGUCUCUGCUUGUGGUUUCUGUCCUCUACUUCUGUUAUGUUACUGUGUAUCGACUUGUUUUGAGCCCAAUCGCGCACUUCCCGGGGCCCAAGCUUGCAGCAUGGACUUAUUGGUACGAGUUUUGGUACGAUGUCGUUGCUGAACCCGAGUACACGUUCAAGAUCGGCCGGCUCCACAAGGAAUAUGGUCCCAUUGUUCGCAUCAAUCCGGACGAGAUACACAUCGCAGAUCCCGAAUUCUACGACACAGUUUAUGCUGGCAGUGGACGCAAGCGCGACAAAUGGGAUUGGAUAACCCGGUCUUUUGGCGUCGAUGAGAGCUUGAUCGGAACACUCAAACACGAUGAGCACCGCAUACGCAGGGCCUCUCUUUCCCCAUAUUUCUCCAAGCAGAGCGUGCGAGCGCUACAGCCACUAAUUGACCGGAAUAUGGGUAUUCUGCUGGAGCGCCUACGCCAGUUUGCCGAUUCUGGUUCACCCCUGAAGCUGGAUGAUGCUUACGCAGCACUGGCCAAUGAUAUUGUUGAGGACUACGCCUUUGGGAGAAGCGAUCAUCGUCUAGAGGCUCCAGACUUUGACCCAUCAUUCCGGGACGCGAUGCUGCAAGGCGGUAAAGCUGGACAUGUACUGAAGCAUUUCACGUGGCUGAUGGACCUUUUGAAGAAGCUUCCUGACUCAUUGCUGCUCAAGUUGAGCCCAGCAAUGGGCGCGUACUCUCAGCUUCAGACUAGCGUAAAGCGUCAGGUCGCCGAAAUCCAGCACGCACACCAGACGCAUUCUUAUGACAAGACACGCCGCACCAUCUUCCACGAGAUUCUCAACAGCAAGCUCUCAGAUUACGACAAGUCGACAGAUCGUCUCUGGCAAGAGGGCGAGGUCGUCGUUGCUGCAGGGACCAUCACUACUGCCUGGGCACUGGGCGUGUCGACCUACUUUGUGCUCGCCACUCCGAACAUCUUGCGUCAGCUCAAGGCCGAGUUGGAGACUGCCAUUACUGAUCCUUCGCAACCACUCGACCUUAUCGUGCUGGAGUCUCUGCCCUUCCUUACUGGCGUGGUUCAAGAAGGCGUGCGUCUAAGCCACGCCAUCUCGCACCGCUUGCACCGCAUUUGCCCUGAUGAGACGCUCGUUUACCGCGACGCCAGCAACCAGCGCGAAUGGUGUAUCCCGCCCGGGACACCUAUGAGCAUGACCAGCAAUCUGGUACAUCAUGACGAGCGCAUCUUUCCGGACUCGCACGACUUCAAGCCCGAACGCUGGCUUAAUAAUCCCCGCCUCGACCGCUAUCUAGUGUCAUUUGGUAAGGGUGGUAGGGCUUGUCUCGGAAUUAACCUUGCUUAUGCAGAGCUUUAUCUCACGCUGGCGGCGCUUUUCAGGGUAUAUGGUAGCGAGGAGGUCAAAGGGAAGGAUGAUGUUGGGACAUUGCAGUUGUUUGAGACGAGUGCUGCUGAUCUGGUGAUUACAAGCGAUACUGUUGUCCCUGUAAUGCCUGAAGACUCUAAGGGAUUGAGACGGAAGGCCUAUCCAGUCACCAUCGCAAGCGAUUGCUAG